AUGGUGAAGGUCGAAGUAGAACAGGGCUUGUUGGAAGGCGAACAGUUGGAUUUAGUGACAGGAGAUGGUCAAUAUUACAGUUUUAAAGGUGUUCCUUAUGCCGAACCGCCGUUUGGGCCACUCAGAUUCAAGGCUCCCCAACCACCAAAGCCUUGGAGUGGUAUAAGAAAAGCAACAGAACACGGCCCAGUUUGUCCCCAAAAAGACAUUUUCACGCAGCAAUACGUUCCAGGAAGCGAAGAUUGUCUCUACUUAAAUGUGUACACAAGAAAUCUUAAACCAAAGAUGCCUUUAGCUGUCAUGGUUUUCAUUCAUGGAGGCGGUUACAAGAGCGGUUCAGGCAAUGAAGACAAUUAUGGACCAGAUUUCCUUGUCAAUCAUGAUGUGGUUUUAGUGACGAUUAAUUACAGACUUGAAGUUUUAGGCUUUCUUUGUCUUGAUACUGAAGAUGUGCCUGGCAAUGCUGGUAUGAAGGAUCAAGUUGCUGCUCUCAAAUGGGUGCAGAAGAAUAUUGCGCAAUUUGGUGGAGAUCCCAAAAAUGUCACUAUCUUUGGCGAGAGUGCUGGAGGAGCAUCUGCAGCUCUUCACGUUUUGUCGCCUAUGUCUAAAGAAUUAUUUAAGAGAGCAAUACCAAUGAGUGGCGUACCACUUUGUGAAUGGUCAACACCAUUUGAACCAAAAAGACGCGCGUUUGUUUUAGGAAAGCAACUUGGUUUUGAAACGAAUGAUGCCUGCAAACUUCUUCAUUUCUUGCAAAGCGUGCCCGUUGAAAAAUUAGUUGACGUAAGUCCUUGUGUGAUUUCAGCAGAAGAAGCACUGAACAAUAUUCUAAAAAUGUACCAUUUUACACCUGUAGUUGAGAAAGACUUUGGUGCAGGACAUUUCCUAACUAUUGAUCCAGAAGUAGCACUCAGAAGUGGAAAAGUAAAUGAAGUUGAUGUCAUGAUAGGUUAUACCGAUAAGGAAGCUAUAGUUGGAAUUCCCGCUUUUGAAACUUUGUUACAAUCGUACAGUAAAUAUCCAGAAAUUUUAGUACCCCGACAAAUUUUUUACAAUAGCUCUCCUAUCAAGGUUUUGGAGCUCGCGGAUAAAAUUAAAACCCAUUACUUCGGAGACAAACAAAUUACAGUUGAUUCUAUGAAAGAAGCUGUUGUCUUUUUCUGUGAGUCUUGCUUCCCAUACUACGUUACAAAGUACAUAAGACUUCUACCAAAAAUUGGUAACACCAAAAGGUACAUGUAUUGCUUUUCAAAUGUGUCAGAAAGAAAUAUCUACGGACAAUUGGGAGCCAAGUACGGUAUCACAGGAGCGAGUCACUUAGAUGACUUGAUGUAUUUGUUUGAUGCCAAGAAAGCGAAACUAAGCAUCGACAAAUCAAGCAAAUCAUAUAAAAUGAUACAGGAAACUUGCGCCUUGUUCACUAACUUCGCAAAAUUUGGGAAUCCCACUCCAAAUGCAUCUGUAGGAGUGACCUGGCCUGAAUACGACAAUGUUCAAGAACAAUAUUUGGAUAUUGGAGAAACCCUCACACCUGGAAAGAAAUUGUUCAAAGAAGCCAUUGAAUUUUGGCAGAGCGUGUAUGAAUACGCUGAAAAGAAAUAGAAAAACAUAGUUAAACAUUGUCUUACAAAUAAAUGGACGACGGGUUUAAUACAAAAACUACGAAAAAAUGUCCCAAGUCAACCUAUUUAAACGU